GUACACUUCUUAGAAAUAGUGUCGAUAAUUUGAAUUUAUAUUUACUUUGGUGGUACUUACCUCUUUGAUCUUUUUUCGUAUAAAAUUGUUAAACCCGGACGAGCUUUUACCUAAAGGUGUUGAGGACUUAAGUUAUUUGCUUAGCUUAUGAAAUUUCUUUUCUUGUUUGUUUCUCCUUUGACAGGCUUUUAUUUGAUGAUUUUUCUAGGAUAACAAUGGGUCGGACUAAACCAAACCACUAGUCAAGCUCAAAAAAGCCAAAACGUGUUAAGCGUUUCUGAAUCAUUAAAACAUCGUCCGUUUCUUUGGUUUCACGCUUUCUACCCGAUGGCAAAUCUCACCGACAGUGGAAAUUCACUUCCAAAUAGCACUUCACCGAGUUUUACGUGGCUACAAGUAACAGAGUAUACCAUUUUCUCCGCUGUUUUUCUCGUCAGUGUGACAGGAAAUAUUCUCGUCUGUUUGGUGAUCUUUAAGACGCCACGUAUGCGCACAACCAGAAACUAUCUCCUGGUGAACUUAGCAAUGUCCGAUCUGACCGUGUCGCUACUGUGUAUACCAUUUGAUGUAGUUCUGAAGAUAACCCAUCCUCACUGGCCAUUGGGAGCCGCCAUGUGUAACAUACUGUGGCCAGGGAUGACUUUGGUCACCAACUGCUCGUCAGCUACUCUGGCGGCCAUAAGUCUAGACAGAUACCGGGCUGUUGUACAUCCCUGGAAACCACGCUUUACAUCAUCUCAGACAGCCGCCAUCAUUGCAUCUACCUGGUCGGUGUCAUUCAUACUAGUGCUGCCAUACGCUCUCGUACUUAAAAUCCAAGGUGGCUAUUGCGCUGAAGACUGGCCUCACCCUUCUGCUGUGAAGGUCUACACCAUGGGGUUGUUUAUCUUUCAAUACGCUUUACCGCUUCUCAUAAUCACUUUCGCUUACCUAAUGGUAGCUAGGAAGCUUCGCCACCAAGCAGCUCGCAUUGCAAGGAAUCGUCACGAAAAUGGCAUAUCAAUGACAACUUACGGCCUAGGAGCAAAUGGGUAUCAACUGCACCCAACAAGCGAAGCCUUUUCCGUGUCUUCCCCUACCGUGCAACAAUCUGAGGUCCGGAAAAAGUGCAGCGAUUCUGCUAAACAAGACCUUGUUCCUCAAAGCAUUGAUCCUCCGCAAGUUGACAGAAGGGAAGUGAAAAGACUGGAACGCAAUACCAAGAUAAUGAAAAUGUUAGUGACUGUUGUGUCUCUGUACGCCAUCUGCCUGCUGCCCAAUCAGGUUGUCUGGUUGUGGUACGAGUUUGGCACCGCACAAAGCUGGCCCCAUUUUAACGAGCUUCUCACUUUUGGCAGCAUCAUGGUGUAUGUAAACAGCUGUGUGAAUCCUUUGUUGUACGCUGGUAUGAAUGACGACUUCAGGAAAGGCUUUAUAAAACUCCUCAACUGCAACAGGAAGUCACAUGCAAAGACGCUUGUAUGAGAAAAACUG